ACAUUUUCUAUAGUGGGUCAGCUUAUCUCAAACACAUGAGCUGUGACAAAGUAGUGAAUCACACUGCAUUUGCGCCACAAACCAGACCAAAAAACACGGCAUGACCCACUGCGAAAUAAAGUUCCACAACAACUCGCUCGGAAUCUACUACGCGGGCCAAACCCUGGCCGGUUCCGCCGAGUUGCGGUUGGAGAAGUCGAAAAAACUUAAAGAGUUCAUUCUUACAAUCAGUGGGAUUGCGGAAAUUUCAUGGACAGAGAAGGAUGGCGACGGUAAAGAGUCAAGCUACAGUGGAUCGGAAAAGUUACUUGAAGCUGUGCAUGUUCUGAUAAAACCAAAAGGAAGCGAAAGUGAUACCAUUGAAAUCCCGGCUGGAACUCAUGUCUACAAUUUCGAAUGCGCUUUGCCAUCUACUUUACCGACGUCCUUUGAGGGUUACCACGGUCACAUUCGGUACACGGUAUCCGCAACGAUCGUGCGUCCCUGGAAGUUUAACCAGACCAGCAAGGCGGCGUUCACGGUGCUGCAAGCACUGGAUCUCAAUCUGGGACCGGAGCUGGUACGACAGCCUUCUAAAGCGGAAUUCUCCAAGAGAUUUUGCUGUUGGCCGUGUAGUUCCGGACCAUUACACGUCACAGUUAGGACGCCAAUCGCUGGGUAUGUUCCGGGUCAAAUUAUCCACGUGAUGGUCUUGCUGGACAAUAAAAGUAGCGUGACUGUCAACUGUUUAGUGACAAGUCUGGUCAGGAUCGUUACGUAUAUUAGCAGUUGCGGAAAAACCAACGUAGAUACCAAAUCGAUCGCCAGUGUUGAGAAUGUGGUGACCGAUGAUCGAACUGAUCAGUUUAGCCAGCACAUGGUGGUACCAUCCAUAGCCCCGAACAUUAGCUGUUCGGUGUUGAAUGUGUCCUACGAGUUGCUGGUUACGAUCAAGGUUGGAUGCUGCCGGAUUAGCCCUCGAUUGAGGAUACCAUUAACCAUUGGAACGGUUCCGAUCGUGGCGGCGCCAACAACGGUGCCUACCGCUGAAGAGACCGCCAACUAUGGGACAUUUGGUGCAAUCUUUGGACCAUCGGCACCAGUUGCAGACUCAGUUGAUCCACCAACUUAUGCCGAAGCGGUUAGCACCACGUCCGUCAAUGUGAACGAUCAUGCCAAUGCAAUUGGAGUUCAAUCUUACGUGCCCAGAUAUCCCGUGUACAAGUUUGGGGCCGGAGUACUUUACUGAUUCUUGUAUUACUUAUUUACAAAGCAGAAUAAAUACAUUUCAUAUUGAUCGUUCCUAUACA